CAUGACGAUGAAGAAGAGCAAGGACCGGACGCGGUCACCAAAUACAUUGAGUCCAAAACUGGCUCAGAAUUUCAAGUGCGUUCUAGCUUCCCUCGCCCUUUCCCUGGCACUACGGUUUUGGUCGACAUUCACCUUGAUGGAAGACGUGUGUGUGGUACUUUCGCCCACCAAGAGUGCAUGGCUGGCGCUGGAUGUACCAUUAUACAAAGUGGUGUGCCCUCAUAUGCUCGUGAUCAAUGGUUUGAGCGGACCUUUUGCUUCGCAGAGCUUACAAUCGAUGACUCCGGUAUUCUCCCAGUUAGGGACAAACUCAAGAAGACAUUGGAUAGAAUAGGGGAGAUCUCAGUCUAUUUCUACAAGACAAGGAAUCUUCAACAAAAAGACAGCCACACGUUCAACGGGGCAGAUAUCUCAACGGUUGGAACGAUCUCGGAGAAGGUCCUCAAAGGCAAAGCACUUUCACACGAGGUUAGCUUACAGAAGCCGCGGCAAAUACGAAAUCGGACUGUAUACGAGUUCGAGUACAUUCAACCGCAGAAGGAGCCAUUUGCCUCUUUCUGCUUUAGAUAUCGCUCCCGAAUUGCCUUGAAAGCGCUCUGCAUUAUCCCUCGAUCGUCAAGUCCGCUUCCCCUAGAAGACAGACCGGUCGAAGAUUUGACACUGGAGGAAGCCAGGGAGCUUUUGUGGCGUCAACGUCGAGAUGCGGCUGCACGCAUGAGGCAAGAAGGCGUCAAGAGGGAACACCCAAAAGAUGACGGCAACGAAAAUAAUGGCAAAGGUGACGAGGUGACGUUCGUGAGCGUGAAACGUCGCAAGUUACCGCCCACCCCCAAUAAAGAUAGAGUGGAGGUCGUCGACUUAACGUGA